GUACGACCAAGAUCAGACGGCUCGAGAUAGUCCUCAGUCUCUCAUCGAGCUCCUUAUUGUCGAGAGAAAACCCUAGAUCGAAAACAUCGAAAUUGACCGUUUCCUUCUGCCGCCAAAGGGAAAAGAGAGCAAAAAUGGCGACUUUUUCGAUCUAAAGAUGGUGGAUCGGCGAUUCGUUGAUCUACCUGCGAUGAUCGAUGAGAAUUCACGCGAGAUCUGAGAAGAGACCGACGGUUUUGCGAAGGAUCCGAGAGGAAACGAUUGGUUCUAGGGUUUUCCCCUUCAGGACCCCUACGCCGACGCCGGCGUCGAUGCCGACAGUCGGAACGAGGCGGUCUACGAGAGUGUUCGUCCCCAAGCAGCAGCAGCGGCGAUCGAUAUCCGGCGACGGCGAUCCUGCCAGAGUUCUCCGAUCGGGGAAGCGGUUCGCGAUCUCGACGGAUGAUGGGAGAGAGUGGUUGAAGGUGUUUGGAGGCGUCGAUGGCGAUGAAGUGGAUCUGGAUCGGCUGAAAACGAAGGCAAAUAACGUUAGAAAAAGAUUGGAGAAGGAGAGACAUGAGAUUGAGAAGGGAAUUGAGGCGGAAAAGUCGUUUGGGAUCGUCUACAGUCGAAAGAGGCGGAGAACGACGUCGAACGAUGACAAAAAUCACAAAUUUGGGAUCGUUUUCCAGCGCAAGCACAGGAGGAAGGAGCAAAAGGUGAGGACUGUAGUUGAACGGGUAACCGAAGAACCGCAAACAGAUUGGGUAUUUAGGGGAUUUGGUGUUGAUGAGUGUUCGCGGGUUUUUGCGGAGAAAUUUGGGAUUUUGGACAAUGAUCUUUGGAGGGGAGUGGAGUGUGGCCAAGUAGUUCUUGCUGUGCUUGUCGAUUCAUCUGUUGUUUUUAGUUCGAACAGGCUCGGGCAUUUUCUUAUUUUAGUUAUGAAUUGGAUGAGAAGAGCUAGAGUUGAAGUGAGUGAUCUUGUUGCAUUUCUCUUCGGGAGGUCAAUAUGUAGUGUUUUCUCCCAGAAUGGUAUUCAUUUCGUACCGAUUCAGCAUCAGGAAAAUAGUAUCCUGUAUAGAAAUUCUCCAGCUGGCUGUGGGUUCUGCAAGAUUUACGGUGCCAGAGAGUUUGUUCCCCUGUUAUCUGUUGAUUACCCUGCUCUUCCUUCUUAUUUCAAGCUUUUGCAUGCAGUUAUAAUUGUUAGGUCCCAUUAUCUCCCAAGAGUUCUUCGUUCAGAACAGUUGGCUCACGUGAUUGAAAAUUCCUUGGUUGUUUAUGUUGAUGAUAGUCCUUUGGAGAUGAGGGUUUCAGGCACUGAGUUCACUGUUUCUGAAACUCCCGCUGUGAAGAUGGUUGAAUUGCCAGCUCUUGAGGACUCUUUUGUACCGGGUUCACCAAAAUCAGUGAUCACAAAUGGUUCCCCGAUUAGGAGGCAUCAGAGGAAGAGGAGUUCAUUGAAGAACCAUAGAACCUACAGUCUUUCAUCGACAAGAUUACGUUUUGGUUCAUUUGGCGCCAGUCAGAAUAGCUCCUUUAUUUCUUCAACAGCCAAGCGGGACUUUGCAGUGUCUCCUGUCAGUGUGAAACCCAUAGAUUCUUCCCUUUCUGACUUGUAUAGUGCACAAGAGGAGAGUGAUGUUGCUUCAUCUCCGGGGUCUUGUUCAAAGCUAAGGAAGUCAGGAGGGACAAAUAUUUGCGUUGAAAAGAUGAAGGAUUUGAAGCAUGCACUGGCGGAGGUGAGGCAGAAUAUCGACUCAGCAUGCUGCAAUGUCAAUAUCUUGGUUGCUGACGCUGAAAAAGGUUGGCGUGAAGAUGGGGCCCGAGUUGUGCUGGAAAUGUCUGAAUCUCAAGAGUGGUAUUUGGCAGUUAAGAGAGGAAAUGUGACGAGGUUCCUGUACAAGCCUCAAGAUCUUAAACUUUGUAGUGUAAAUAAAUUCACUCAUGCCUAUAUAUGGAGUGGUGGCGGGGAGGAUGGUUGGAAGCUUGAGUUCUGUGAUAAGUGGAAUUGGCAUGUCUUCAAAGAGUUGCAUAUGGAAUGCAGGAAUCGUAACUUUCAAGAUGCUUAUGUGAAGGUAAUCCCAAUACCAGGGGUCAGGGAGGUUUCUGGUUAUGAGGAUGUUGCCGUGCCUUCUUUUACACGCCCUGAUGUAUAUCUUGAAGUUAUAGAGGAUGAAGUUGAUAGAGCUCUAGCAAGUGAAAUUCCAUACUAUGAUAUGGAUUCAGCGGAUGAGGAGUGGCUGCUAAACCUUAACUCCAACUUGUCAGAUGCACUGGGUGAUUAUUCAAGUUAUAUCUCCGAUGAAAAAUUUGAGACAAUAAUAUUUGCUUUGGAAAAAGAUGCAUAUAGACGUCGGAAUGAUCCUUCUGAGAAGGAAAGAGCAGUUGAUCUUUUUCAAAGUUUGGGAACGAGGGAUGUUGUGUCUGCUAUAUAUGAUUAUUGGCUACAGAAGCGAAAGCAAAAACGUGCACCCUUGGCUAGGGUUUUCCAGGGCCCACCCUUGAGAAGAACACCGGUAAUACAUAAGCCAUUUUUUCGGAAGAAGCGAUCUUUUAAGAGGCAGCGGAGCCAGGCUGAACGGAACCAGGCUGAAUGGAACCAGGCUGGGAGAGGCAAGCCGGACCUGUUCUUGCAAGCUCAGCAAGCGGAGGUCCGAAAAGUUCAGGAAGCAGAAGAUGCUGCGAGUAGAGCUGUUGAGUAUGCGACCCGACUUCGCAGCAGAGCUCAGAAACUAAUGGCAAAUGCUGAUCUAGCAGCAUACAAGGCUGCCAUGGCUCUCAGAAUUGCUGAACUCAUUCGGGUAUCAUCAUCACCAUCAUCACCAUCAUCACCAUCAAAAUCUCCUGAUCUCGAUUCUUCCAUUCUCUUAGACUGAAAUGCCGGAGGCAGACAGUUUUUUUGUGUACAGGAUCAUCGAAAAUAAGCUGGUGUUUUAUUUUUAUUUGACGAGAAUACACGUUUAUGUGUAGUCAAAGGUGGUGAUUCUGGGCAGUUUUUUGACUGUUUUUUAUGGCUGGGGCACAAGUAGGGGGCUGUUUUUUUUUUAUUAAGAAGCCAAUUUUGAGGUGGGAGGUCCAGAAUUUGCGCUCUCAGGAAAAUUGUAAUUUUGUACAGAGAUAGGUGUUGGUAGAUUUUCUUCUGUAUUAUUUUGUCUAAUGAAAAGUUGUACGCUGAUUUUUCCUAUGGGUCGUCUCAGCUUAUAGGGGACAAUUAUGGCUGGGGUGAAAAAAAAAAAAA